UACAGGGUUAAAGAUACAGUACUGUACGUCAACACAGCGUCACAUAGGCCGUCCUCUCUCUCUCUCCUGACUGCUUUCACUGGCCGCUGCACAAUGCUCCUUCCUGCCAACUAAUCGCAGUACAUGCGCCCAUGCAUACAGGCAACCAUCACAUGAGGAAGUGUUGAUAGUUCUCUUUUCCUCUUUCACCCUGCUUUCAUUCAGUUCUGCCCACCCGUCCAGUCCUCCUUUCACUCCAGACUCGAAUCCUCCCACAGCUGAGACUCUUUAUCACAGGAGAUCGUCCUUCUCCUGAGCUAGAAGGAAAGGAGAUCCAUGGAGGCGUCCGUACAGGAGAAGGUACCAGCGGGAAAUGAAUCACUGCCAUCUCUGCCCACUCUCAGCCCGGCCGUGCCACCUUAUGUCAAGCUGGGACUGACGGUGGCUUACACCAUCUUCUACUCGCUGCUCUUUGUUUUUGUGUACGCUCAGCUGUGGCUUGUGCUGCGCUACAGACACAAACGUUUCAGUUAUCAGACGGUCUUUCUGUUUCUGUGCCUGCUGUGGGCCGCCCUGCGCACCCUGCUCUUUUCUUUUUAUUUUAGAGACUGUGUGACGGCCAACACGCUGGGACCGUUUGCUUUCUGGCUGCUUUAUUGCUUUCCAGUUUGUCUUCAGUUCUUCACGCUGAGUCUUAUGAAUCUUUACUUCGCACAGGUGAUUUUUAAAGCAAAGUCUAAAUAUUCACCAGAACUUCAAAAGUACAGGUUUCCUCUGUACCUGCUCUCAGUGUUUAUCAGUCUGGUCUUUCUGCUGGUGAAUUUGACCUGUGCUCUUCUGGUGAAGAUGACACAGGUAGACAGAGAGAUCAUAGUCCUGGUGCGAGUUGCCAUCAAUGACACACUGUUUGUCCUUUGUGCCAUUACACUGUCACUGUCUCUCUACAAGAUCGCCAAGAUGUCUUUAGCAAACAUCUACCUGGAGUCGAAGGGAACAUCUGUGUGUCAGGUGACAAUAAUCGGAGUGACUGUGAUUCUGCUGUAUGCAUCUCGCGCAUGUUAUAAUCUAGUGGUGCUCGUGCUGGCAAAAUUUAAGAACAUCAACCCAUUUAACUACGACUGGUACAAUGUUUCAGACCAAGCAGAUCUGAGGUUGACAUUGGGAGAUGCUGGAUAUGUAGUUUUUGGGGUCAUCCUGUUUGUUUGGGAGCUGUUGCCCACCUCAUUGGUGGUCUUCUUCUUCAGAGUUCGUAAGCCAACUCAGGACAGGAAUACAUCGGUAAUCCCUGGACACAUGUUCUCAUCUAGAGCGUACUUCUUUGACAACCCGCGGCGUUAUGACAGUGAUGAUGAUCUAGCAUGGAGUAUAAUACCACAAAACAUUCAAAACAGUUUUAGGUCAGACAGUUAUGAUUGGAGCUAUAACAACAGCAGAUUCCCUACAGACACUGAGGGAGAAUCUCAUCUACCACCAGAGGAUUUAACUCCAUACUAAAUUAUCUUCAAUGAGGAGCCUUUAUUUUGCACAUACCUAUAUUGUGAUGGGUAACAGUAUAUACUAUGAACUUAUGUACCAGUAUUUAUUCUGGAAUCUCAUUAGAAGACAACAGCAGACAUUUGUAGGUAAAAUCACGUUAAUUUUCUCCAUGAAGACAUUCUUUGAAAUUAUUUGAUGUAUGCUUUAAACUUCAAAAUUUAACAUAAAAGUUGUGUUUAUAUUUUUACACUACUUACAGGAUCAGUAGUUCAUGCUCUCAUUACAUUAAAGGUGCAGUUUGUAGAUUUUAGCGACAUCUAGUGGUGAAAUUGCGAAUUGCAACCACAAUCCACAGCUCACCCCUCCCUUUCGAAGCGCAUAGUGAAGCUACGGUAGCUGUCACAGGACAAACAUGUCAUCGUCUGAGACCACAUAGUGAUGAAACGCGCUAUGUAGAGCAGUUUGUUUAUUUAGGGCUACUGUAGAAACAUUGCCGGGCAAAAUGGCGACUUCCAUGUAAGGAGACCCAUUGUGUAUUUAAAUAAAAAUGUCGCAUUGUAAGGUAAUAAAAACAAUAUAGUUUAUUAUAUAAGGUCUUUACAGACCACUGAUAAUCUAGGUAUGUAUAUUAUAUUGGUUUUUUUUGUUAAGAGAGCCUUCUAAAAGUUACACAGUGCACCUUUAAGUACAUUUAUAUUUAUGCAUUUGGCAGAUGCUUUUAUCCAAAGCGACAUUACAAGGUAUACAUUUUUUAUCAGUAUUCGUGUUUCCUGGGUUCGAAGUCGAAGUUUGUAACAUUGCCUUGGUUUGAGGUUAAGAUGUCUUCAAUGAAGAAUUGUUUUAAAAUAUCUGUAGUAAAAAUGACUGAGAGAAAUAUUUCCUGAAUCAAACCAUUGUGUGACAUUAUCACUCUUCACAAACAUAACAAACUAAUGCAAUUCAUUCAAUAUCAACACUGUAUUAAUCCUUAAACUGUAUGUCUUUACACUGUCAAUAAUAUAUACAAGAAUAUGGAUUAUUGUCAGCUUAUUAUUUUAACAUUACACACUGAUACAUAACUGAAUCUUUAUUUGAGAUGUGUAAAGAUGUGACAUUCUCGUAUAAAAAUAUUUUUGUCUCUGGAGAAACUGAAUUUUAUCCAAACUUCUGCAAUAUAACAUAUUAACAGAUUUAUAUUUUUUUCUUUUUAAGACAAUUAAAUGGAUUGUUAUCCAUUGUUUAUAUAAAUACAUUUGUAGUGUUUGACUGUAUGUACAGUUUUUAUCUCUUUAAGCCUUUGCACUGCUGUGGUGUAAAAAGUCACUUUGUAAAACUUUGUUUUCUACAUUAAUAAAAGAAAAUCUCUUUAAUUGAGAUGAAAUGAACUUCAUUGUGUGAUAUCAUUUAAUAUAUGGCAGUGUGACUGAUACAACAUUUACAAAUUAAUCUCCAUUUUAAUUACUAAAUUUAAGGUUGCAAAAUCUUACAUCUUUAUUAGUAAACACUACUCAUUUAACUACAUACACUGGCAGAAAAGUGAU